ACCACCCCAGCGAAAGCCCAUCUCCCUCGCGAACAACACGGCGCAACGCGAUCUUCCUCCUCGCUCCGCUGCUGCGUGCGUGCGUCUCUAGAACCCUAGCUCUCCUCCGCGAUGGCGGCCGCCGACGGCGAGCACCAGCCCGCGCCCGCCACGGAGCCCGCGCCCUCCCCGGCCAAGCGGAAGCCCGACGCCGAGGCCACGGGCCUCGAUCCGCCCCCCAAGGCCGCCCGCCCCGACGCCGACGAGGAGGCCGCGGAAGCAGCGGCCAGGGCCCGUGCGGCGGACAAGGGGAAGGGGAAGAUGGUGGUGGAGGAGGAGGAGGAUGAGGAGGGCGGCGGCGGCGGCGAGGAGAGCAGCGACGACGAGGAGGAAGGAGGAGGAGGAGGCGGCGAUGGGGACGACAGCGACGACGGAUUCUGCGAGGACCCGCUCGCGGAGGUCGACCUCAACAACAUCCUCCCCUCGAGGACCCGCCGCCGCGCGCCGCCGCAGCCCGGGGCCUACCUGUUGCCGCCCGAGGAGGCCGCGGAGGACGACGAGGACGAGGACGAGGACGCCGACGUCGACAUGGGUCUCGUCGAGGACGAGGACGUGGACGGGGAGGACAGCGAUUAGGCUCGCAGGGGAGCAGCCUCACUAAAGAGGGGAGAAAAGGGUGGUUGCCGGUUCUAGAUACUAUCCUCUGCCUGCAAGGGAGGGACAUGUUUCCUUUGAGAUGGUCUUGGAGAGUCUAAUUGCCCAACCUUCUGUAGUCGUUAGAGCUCUGUCACCAUGAUUUUCAGCAGCAUUAAGGUUAUUUCAACCCCUAAAAGGGAUCGACUAGUACAUUUUGUGAUUCAAGAGUUGUCAGUGGUGAUCAUGGUUGAACAGCUAACAUCCCUUUUGUAUACAUUAGUUCCAGUUCCAGGUGACUGUUAACUUUCUCAUUAGUUAAUUUAACCCUGCACUGACAUGAUGCAGUUCUCCUA